AGUGUGCGCGCGGCAACCCGCGAGCGAGCAGCGAGGAGCAGGAGCGCAGGACAACUGCCAUCGGGCUUACCAGCGCUCGCGACGUCGCAGCUGUCAUAGCCGGAGCUGUCAGCUCUGUGAGGGAGCUCUUUUUCACCGGCUGCCUGCUUGCUGCACGGUGGAAAUCGGUCGCAGACUCCGGUAGCUGAACUGCAGCGGUUAAACCCGACAUAGGCGUCCGUAGCUGAUCUAACAGGUGUGGGGCACCAGUUCGAUCUUCGCUUCAGCAACCGGUAUCACCAGGGGUUGGCUCCCAGCAUUUAAGAUGCGGCUGCUGGCUGCGUGGCUGUUGUGGUGCGCGGCGGUGGUGGUGGCGCCGGCGCCGGCGGCGGGUCGCGGCGCGUGGUCGGUGUGCCCCGAGGCGUGCGAGUGCUCGCUGGACGCGCGCGGCCGCCGCGAGGUGUCGUGCCUGCGAGGCGGCAUGGACGGGCCGGUGCCCACCGCCGACAUGGACCCGCCGCGCGUCGAGGUGCUGCGCAUCUCGGCGCCGCCGAGCCACCCCAACACGCUCACCAUCGGGCCCAUCUUCCAGCACUUCCUGCGCCUCGAGGAGCUGCACAUCACGCGCUCCCGCGUGCCCGCCAUCGGCAAGCACUCCUUCUGGGGAGUGCCCUCUCUCAGGGUGCUGAACCUGACGGAGAACAACAUCUCGCACGUGCUGGACCACAACUUCCGCGGGCUGGCCGAGCUGCAGGCGCUGCACCUGGACGACAACCGCAUCGAGUCGAUGCCGAGCGGCACGUUCCGCCACCUGCAGGAGCUGCGCGUGCUCACGCUGGCCAGGAACCGCUUCGCCGAGCUGGGCCCGCGUCUCUUCCUCAUGCUGGGCAAACUCACAGAGCUCGACCUCAGCGGAAACCGGCUCGGAGACCUCAAUCCUGAAGUCUUCAAGGACGUCCAGAGGCUUCGCGUGCUGCGGUGCCGCGGCUGCGCGCUGUCCAACAUGAACACCAUGGUGUACCGCCUGCUGCCCGACCUGACGCUGCUCGACCUGGGCGACAACGAGUUCAAGUACGUGGCGGCCGAUGAGUUCAGCGACCUGCGGCGCCUGCGCACGCUGCUGCUCGACGGCAACCAGCUCCCGGUCGUGCUCGAGAACAGCUUCCAGCAGCAGCACGACCUCGAACACCUGUCGCUCGCGCGCAACCGCCUCGCCAAGGUCACGGCGCAGGCGUUCCACGGGCUCUCCACCCUCAGGAGCCUUGACUUGGGCUGGAACAAGCUGGACCGUCUGGAGCCGGCGUCGUUCGUGCCGCUGACGCAGUCCCUCAGGGAGCUGGACAUAGCGGGCAACGCGCUCUCCGAGGAGAACGUGCACUACGUGCUCCAGGAGCUGCCGAACCUGCAGAACCUGUCGAUCGCGCACCUGCAGCUGCAGGCGGUGCCCGCGGUGGUGGGCGCGCUGGCGCAGCUGCGGCGCCUCAACGCCUCUGGCAACCGGCUGACGCAGCUGCCGGCGCCUCUGCCGCUGCCCGCGGCUCUGCUGGAGCUGGACGUGUCGCACAACCUGCUGCGGGGCGUGCACGACGGCGCGGUGGCGCGCCUGCUGCAGCUGCGCCGGCUGCGCGCCCACGGCAACCCCUGGGUGUGCGACGCGUGCCACGCGCCCGCGCUGCUGCGCCUGCAGGCGCCGGCUGACGGCCCGCUGGCCGAGGGGGGCGCGGGCCAGUGCGCCGCCCCCGCAGCCCUGCGCGGCCGCCGCCUGCCCGACGUGGCGCGCCUCCACGCGCUGCCGCCCUGCGCCACCGACGCCGACUACGACGGCGGCGGCGUCCCCGACGUGACGGGCGCGGGCUCCGCCGGCGUGCUGCUCGGCGACGAGUCGCGGCUCGGCUUCAUCGCCGUCGGCGGCGCCGUGCUGCUGCUGCUCCUCACGGGAGCUGUGCUGCUGGCGGGCCUGGCGUACACACGUCACCACGCGGCCCACUACUACACGCGCGAGGAGCGGCGCGCGGCGGCAGCGGCGGCCGCCGGUAUCACCGACGCCGACGACGUCUUCGAGAACCCGGCGGCGCUGCACUCCAACGGCGACGUCAAGUGCGCCCUGGUCGCCGCAGAGAAGCCGCUCGCCUCGGUCGCGACCAUCAGUAAGGAAGCCGCCGCCGCAGCUGCAGCGGCCGGCAUGCGCAACGGAACCGCCUGAGCGGUGCGCUUCAGCGACGUCCUGGAGACGCGCUGCUAGGCGGCCGAGGGGACAGUGCAUCCUGGCGCGGUCGCCACGCACAGUGGUCAGUGUUCUGUGUCCAUAAACAAUGUGCCUCUGACGGAGAUCGUGGACUAAGCGCCAUGCCACACACACUACGUAUCUACUUGCUGGCGCUACGUCCGGUGAAGUGAAGUGAGUGGUCGUAGUGCUCGUCACCACUCGUACAUGUGGAAUGCAGCUGCUUUCCCCAGUGAAGUGCUAAAACCAUAGCAGUUCUACGUCAUAUCUCGUGUGAAUAUUCGAUCAGGUACCAGACUGAUGAUGCUUAUAAUAAAACCACUGAAAAGCACUGUAUGCAGGCUGUUUGAAUAAGUAUAUACAAUACUUAGUCCGUUUCCAAAUGACAUAUUAAAACUCACCACACAUGGAAGCUACGGAUAAUGACCUAUUAGAGAAGAAAUACCAUCGUUACAACCAAACCACAACAGUAACUAUUCUGCGAUGGGGUUGAUAUGUGUCUGGUGCCCGCAACGCAUCUGUACCAUAAGCUACUUUGUUGAUGUUAAUUCUCAAAUCUUAGAAAUUUUUGCAAAGUAAAGUAAAUGUUUAAUUUCUGUGCAGCAAUGCAGUGUUGGACCAAAACAA